ACACGCCCCAGAAACUCGACGCCUCGAAGCGGAAGCGGGUUUUCUGCUCGCUGUCGUUUCGGUGGUUUCCCGGUUUUGGUGCCGGAGCUCCGCGACGUUUUCUGCUCAGAAAAGCAUCUGCGAUCACCUUCGCGGACGAAGAGGGCUUAGAAGGAAGGCGCGGACGCGUUCCCUCCGCGUUCCCUCCGCGUUCUCCGUCGCUCCCGUGUGGGUACAGACACACAACCCGCUGAGGCCGCAGCCUUCAGCCUUCAGCCCGUGGGAAGCGGCUGCGUGGACGACCAGAGGUCACAGAAAGACGAGGGACGAGGAUCAGGCUCUGCCUUUAUUGGCUUUUCAUGGAUGCAAUGGACACUGGGCUGAAAUAUACACCGGGUAGAACGGACAAGGAUUGGGACACGAGUGUCCAGUUCCUUCCGGCGUCGGACAACAAAAAGCUGGAGAAGAAGAGGGGUCCGGGGAAGGUUGGGCUCAUCGUCAUCGUGGUGGCUGUCGCCGCUCUGGUCGCACUCGUUACUGGGUUGCUGCUCUGGCAUUUCCGCCUCCGGAAAGAUUUGCAGCAGAAGAGGAUGUACAGCGGCUCCAUGCGAAUCACCAACCAGAACUUUGUGGACGCCUACGAGGACCCGAACAGCCCUGAGUUCAAGGCGCUGGCGGAGCAGGUGACGGAGCAGCUUAGAACUCUGUACGCCAAAGACACGCUGCUGGACAAACACCACGUUGGCUCCGAGGUUCAGGCUUUCAGCGAAGGCAGCGUCAUCGCCUACUACCUGUCGGAGUUCAAGGUGCCUGCGGACCAAGUGGCUGCGCUCGACAGGUCCAUGUCCUCCAUUCCCAGCCUGGCGGCAAAAAGUGGAAAGAUCGCGCUAGGCGGUUUGUUCGUGGAUAAUGUGACGACUGCAGCCGUCGAUGCCCGCAUGUUGUCGUACUCGCUCAAUGAUGUGAACAAGUUUUCAGAACAUGCAAAGCCAAACCAAAUCGGGCAGAUAAUGUCCCCCGGCUUCCCGGAUAGGCCUUACCCCAACAACGCCUUCUUCCAGUGGCAGCUGAGAGCAGACCCCCAACACUUUAUCGAGCUUCAGUUCGACACGCUGAAUCUGGAGGGAAACUGCUCCAAUGACUUCAUCAAAAUCUACGACUCUCUGGUGCCCAUCGAGACUCGCGCUAUGCAAGUGUUUUGUGGAUUCCACGCUCACAGUCAACCUCUGAGGCUGCAGUCUUCUCGAAACGUCAUGUUGGUGACGAUGGCCACAAAUAAGAAGAAGAACUUCCCAGGGUUUAAAGCAAGAUACUCACAAAUCCAGCGUGGGAGUCGAGCUCAAACAUGCGGUGGCAAGGUGACGGGUGUCAGCGGACUUAUCUCUUCUCCCAACUACCCCAGCUUCUAUCCUCUCAAAACCACGUGUCUGUGGUCGAUAGAGGUCCCUGAAGGUAAAGCAGUGAAGGUGACGUUCAAAAAGUUCCUCUUGUCUGAACCGGGUCAGAAAAGCAAGGACUGCCAAAAAGACUAUGUCAUGAUCAAUGGGAAGAAAUUUUGCGGAGAACAACCAGACAAAGCGAUCACAGAAAGCAGCAGCACCACCAACAAAAUGGAUGUGGAGUUCUACUCUGAUUCGUCUUAUGUGGACAGAGGCUUUGAGGCUGCGUUCGAAGCUAUUGACAUGAGUGAUCCCUGUCCACGCAAAUUUCAGUGCAGUAAUCUGCUCUGUGUGAAGUCGGAGCUCAGGUGCGACGGCUGGAAUGAUUGUGGGGACAUGAGCGACGAGAUCGGCUGUGUGUGCGGUCAAAAUGAUAUCAACUGUACAAACGGCCUGUGUAAGCCCAUGUUCUGGAGGUGUGAUGGCGUAAAUGACUGUGGAGACAACACGGAUGAACUGAACUGCGCUUGUAAAAUGGGACAAUUAACAUGUAAGAAUGGCAAAUGUGUGUCUGAGAAGAGCCACUGUGAUGGAAGGGACGACUGCGGGGACGGAUCCGACGAGUUGGACUGUCCCAGAGCCUCUGGUGGCAUAACCUGCACUGAGCUUACAUACAAAUGUAAAAACAACAUUUGCAUUAGUAAAGUGAACCCAGAAUGUGAUGGGCAACGGGACUGUGACGAUGGAUCUGACGAGGAAAACUGCGACUGCGGGAGGAAUCGGUUCAAGUCAUCGCGUAUUGUGGGUGGUCAGAAUGCAGAGGAAGGAGAGUUUCCGUGGCAGGUCAGCCUCCAAGUCAAACCGUACGGCCACGUGUGCGGAGCGUCCAUCAUCAGUCCAACAUGGCUGGUCACUGCUGCUCACUGUGUACAGGACGACAGCAAAAUAAGAUUCUCCCAGCCCGGCACCUGGGAAGCUCAGCUCGGCCUUCACACCCAGCGGAACAUAGCGAGCACUGUGGUGAAGAGGACCCUGAAGCAGAUCAUACCCCACCCUUACUACAACACGUUCACUUUCGACAACGACAUGGCCCUGAUGGAGCUGGACAGUCCCGUCUCCUUCUCGGACUACAUCAGACCCAUUUGCUUGCCAGCUGCCACGCAUAAUUUUCCCGCUGGGGACACGGUGUCGAUCUCCGGGUGGGGUGCCACUCGGGAAGGAGGCAGUGCUGCCAUGGUGCUGCAAAAGGCUGAGGUCCGAAUCAUAAACAGCACGGUAUGUAACAGUUUGAUGGCAGGCCAGAUCACGUCUCGGAUGCUGUGCGCUGGCGUGCUGAAGGGAGGAGUGGAUGCCUGUCAGGGAGACUCAGGCGGCCCUCUGUCCAGUUCUGUCGGCCAGCAUGCGUUUCUGGCAGGAGUUGUUAGCUGGGGUGACGGCUGCGCACGAAGGGACAAACCUGGCAUCUACACACAAGUCACCAAAUUCCGUGGCUGGAUCAAAGAAAAGACCGGAGUAUAGAUCUUUGGGAAAUGAAGUGGACAUGAACACAAGCUAACAUGGACGACACACAGACUUUCCACCUGAUGACAUCGACUCGUUGUCUUAGCUGCAGUGAAAAAACAAACUGAUUGCUCACCUCAAGACCUCCACUGCAAUUUUAUGAGGGCAGGGUUUAUUAAGAUUGUUGUAUAAAUAAAUGUUUUAUUUUUAUGUUUUUGUUUCUUGCUGAUGUAUUUUUGAUAGCACAGAUUUUUGACUUUAUGUUACACAUGUACAUAUGAAGUGUGUGGGGUUUUAGCCUGCUGUGCUGUGUGUGAUCAAAAGCCAUUUUAAGAUUGUCCCACCACUUUUAAUUGUUGUCAUUGUUUUAUUUUUACAAAUUAAAAUCAAAUGACAGCUAAGUCAUUCCAUCUUACCUCCUAUGGUUUGGUAUGCUCUUAACUUUACACUUAUCAGUUAUUUUAGAAAAGUCAGUAAUUCCUAUUCUCAUCAUGGAUGGAAUGUGAACUAUCACCAUCAAACACAAGGUUUAGGGCUGGUAUUUGAUUGUCAAUAAACAAAUUAGAGUUUCCCUCCAUGCAGUGCAUCAGUACACUAUGUCCCCUUUAUUGUGUCUCUAAUCUGUGUUUAAAAUUUUUUUAGGAGCUUGCAUUUUAGGAUGAAUUUAUUCUAAUAAAACCUACAAUUCUU